CUGCCAGUAGUUUGUGCCAGGCAGCCGUUCGGUGUGGAACUUGAUUGCGGUUCCCGCUAGAAGCCAGUUUCAUUGCCCCGCGGAUCUUAGUGUGUCAACGUCAACGCAGAAGACAAUUGGAAAUCGAGGCUUACGACCAGUGAAAUCUGAUUUGAAUUUAAAUCAGUUUGGUCUUCUGUCAGAUCCGAAAAACAAAAAUGAACAAACUUCCUAUGAAAGCUUGGCGUUCCACAGCCUCCGCUGGCCCAAAUCUGCGACGAAGUGUGUCCAAGAUUGGUGGAGCAGGCUCGAGGCGCUUGGAGAGUCGCGAAAGCUCUACAGGCGUGGCCACAUGUCCACAUCUGGCGGAGCAAUUGGAAGCAAGUGUCUCCAGAAUACAUGCCACAUCGGAAUGGCAAAAUGCUCUGCCCUACAAUCAAAUACCCGGACCAAAACCCAUUCCAAUUCUGGGUAAUACUUGGAGAUUGAUGCCAAUAAUUGGACAAUACACCAUCUCCGAUGUGGCCAAAAUAUCAUCGCUGCUGCACGAUCGUUAUGGCAGAAUUGUGCGUUUUGGAGGUCUUAUAGGACGGCCCGAUCUUUUGUUCAUCUACGAUGCCGACGAAAUUGAAAAGUGCUAUCGAAGCGAGGGACCCACACCCUUCCGUCCCUCAAUGCCCAGUUUAGUCAAGUACAAGAGCGUGGUGCGCAAGGAUUUCUUUGGAGAGCUUGGCGGCGUAGUCGGAGUGCACGGAGAGCCUUGGCGCGAGUUCCGCUCCCGUGUCCAGAAACCAGUGCUGCAGUUGUCCACAAUCCGGCGGUAUUUACAGCCCCUGGAGGUGAUCACCGAGGAUUUCCUUGUGCGCUGUGAGCACCUUUUAGAUGAAAAUCAAGAGCUUCCCGAAGAUUUCGACAAUGAAAUUCACAAAUGGUCCUUGGAGUGCAUUGGUCGUGUGGCUUUGGACACUCGCUUGGGCUGCCUAGAAUCCAAUCUUAAGCCUGACUCGGAGCCCCAGCAAAUCAUUGAUGCAUCCAAGUAUGCCCUCCGCAAUGUGGCCACUUUGGAGCUAAAAGCUCCCUACUGGCGAUAUGUUCCAACGCCUCUGUGGACGCGCUAUGUGAAGAACAUGAACUUCUUCGUAGGCGUCUGCAUGAAGUAUAUUCAGAGUGCCACCGAGAGAUUGAAGACCCAAGAUCCCAGCCUGCGUAACGGCGAGCCCUCACUGGUAGAAAAAGUUAUUCUCUCGGAGAAGGAUGAAAAGAUAGCCACUAUAAUGGCACUCGAUUUGAUUCUAGUCGGAAUAGAUACUAUAUCCAUGGCCGUUUGUUCCAUGUUGUACCAACUGGCCACACGCCCAGUGGAACAGCAAAAGGUUCACGAGGAACUGAAGCGACUGCUUCCAGAUCCCAACACACCCCUUACGAUUCCGCUGCUCGAUCAGAUGCACCACCUUAAGGCUUUCAUCAAAGAGGUUUUCCGCAUGUACAGCACGGUAAUUGGAAAUGGACGAACUCUAAUGGAAGAUAGUGUGAUCUGUGGGUACCAGGUGCCCAAGGGAGUGCAGGCAGUCUUUCCCACAAUUGUCACGGGUAACAUGGAGGAGUACGUUACUGAUGCUACCACUUUCCGACCAGAGCGAUGGUUAAAACCACAACAUGGAGGAACUCCUGGAAAACUUCAUCCGUUCGCCUCACUGCCUUAUGGAUACGGAGCUCGUAUGUGUCUUGGUCGCCGGUUUGCCGAUCUGGAGAUGCAAAUAUUGCUGGCCAAGCUUCUGCGGAACUACAAGCUCGAGUACAACCAUAAACCACUGGAUUACGCAGUCACUUUCAUGUAUGCACCGGAUGGACCACUUCGUUUUAAAAUGACGCGAGUUUAGGUUGUAGAUUUAAGAUUUCGAUUUUAUACAAGCUGUUUGUUGUAAAUAAUAGUAACUUUACAUACAAA